AUGCCUUCCCUCGGGCUCAAGAAGCCCCUUCUCCUACUUAAUCGGAUUGUGGGACACACCACUGCCAAAAACCACAUCACAAAGAUACACCUAGGUGACACGGAUGCGUUGGAGGAAGCGUCGGACAAGAAGCAGUUAAAAGCCAUAUACGAAAAGCAAGCAAAGAAGGAACUAGCAAAAGAAGAGCAGCAAUCAAUACAAGCGAGGCGGAAAGACGAGGAGGAAGCCGCCCUAGCUUCCGAGCCGCCAGAGCUGCGGGAGAGCUACGGUACAGUGACCGAUGAGACCCUGCCGCCUUCGUCCCGACUGCACCAGCUAUCGGCCGACCGUGUUGGGGAGACUAUCAGCUUUACCGCGCGCCUUCACCAUGUGCGGCCGGUAAGUUCUAAAUUAGCCUUCAUCCUGUUGCGCCAGCAGAUGGAUACGGUGCAAGGCGUUUUACAAGCCAACGAAGGCGUCGUAUCGGAGAAUUUCGUAAGAUGGGCAGAGCACUUGAACAGCGAGUGCCUGGUGCAUGUUAAAGGUACCGUGCGCGAACCACCGGAGCCGAUCAAGACGUGCAGCAUACACAACCUUGAAAUCACCAUUGAGAGUAUGCACGUGUUGGUGUCUGUGCAGGAGCCUAUACCUAUCGACACCUACAACAUGGAGCAAGUGGAGGAAAACGAAGAGACGCACGAGAAGCAGUUGAUGGCCUCGAACCGAACCCGUGUGGCGAACCGACUGAUCUAUCUGCGCACGCCAGUCAUGCAGAGCGUGUUCCGCGUGCGAUCGACGAUCUGCAACAUCUUCCGCUCAACCUUGGAGGAACAAGGAUUCAUCGAGAUCCAGACCCCUAAACUGCAGCCAGCUGCGACCGAGUCGGGAGCUGAAGUGUUCAGAGUGAACUACUUCGGUCGGAACGCUUUCUUGGCCCAGAGCCCACAGUUAGCGAAGCAGAUGGCAAUCUCUGCCGACUUUGGCCGCGUCUUUGAGAUUGGGCCAGUCUUCCGGGCGGAAGACAGCAACACCCACCGACAUUUAACGGAAUACACCGGCUUGGACCUAGAAAUGGAGAUCCACAAGGACUACCAUGAGGCCAUGGACGUGAUUGACAACAUGCUGAAGUCUAUCUUCAAGGGCAUCUACUCUCGCUGUCGCAAGGAGCUGGACAACGUCAAAUCGAAAUUCCCGCACGAGGAUUUGGUCUGGCUAGAUCAGACCCCGCGCCUCAGCUUCAAGGAAGGAGUUCAGUUACUAAACUCAUCGGGCUGGCAAGACGACGACGGAAAGCCAGCUUCGGAAGACGAGGACCUAGGGACGCGAUCAGAAAUCCGGCUUGGGCAGCUCGUGAAAGAGAAAUACGGCACCGACUACUACAUCCUCGACAAGUUCCCCUCCUCGGCACGGCCAUUCUACACGCACUUGGAUCCGAAAGACGAGACCGUCACCAACUCCUUCGACAUCUUCCUCCGCGGCCAAGAAAUCACCACGGGAGGCCAAAGGAUCAACAACCCACAACUACUACUCGAGCGCAUGAAGAAAGCCGGCGUCGACCCCGACGGCAUGGAAGAGUACAUGCAAGCCUUCGAAUGGGGCGCGCCGCCGCACGCCGGGUGCGGCAUCGGGCUCGAGCGCGUGCUCUUCCUACUCCUCAACCUCGGCGACGUCCGCAACGCCACGCUCUUCCCGCGCGAUCCGAAAUCGCUUCCCGCCAAGAACCUCGACGCCUCCGACAAGACGCCGUUCCCGGAGGCCGACACGGUGCGGUACGCGUACGAGGAGGACCACUCCAACGAGCACCUCCCCGACCUGGAGAAGCUGAUCGUCAACUACGGCGACGCGACCAACACCUCCUGGCUCGACGACCGGUACAAGAUCUGGCGGGACGUCGAGACGGGCGCCGCGGUCGGCUACGCCGAGGAGAACGGGUACGCGAUGAUCAUGGGCAACCCGCUCUGCGACGCGCGGCAGUACCCGAUCGUCAUCGGCGCGUUCCUGCAGCACCUCAAGAACAACGAGGAUCUGCGACCUAUCUGGAUCCUGGUCUCGGCACAGGUCGAAGAGAUCCUGGGCGCGAAGCUAGGCUGGCGGACCCUCACCUGCGUGGCGGAGGAGCGCGUGGAUGUGAACAGCGCGAACCGGACGGUGAAGAAGGAGCGGCAGGCCAAGAACGCUGACAUCAAGAUCCACGAGACGGUGCUGGGGCAAGAAGUGCCCGAGGAGGUGCGCGCGCGGUGCGACAAGCGCAUCGAGGACUGGAAGGAGGGCCGUAAGGGCCGCAAGCAGGUGCACAUCACGGAGGUGCGGCCGUGGCAGGCGAUGGCGCACCGGCGGUACCUGUGGGCGGAGGACAAGAGCGGCGAGAUCGUUGGCUUGGUGAUCCUGCACCGGCUAUCGCCCGAGCACGGGUACCAGAUCAAGUUCGCGCUUGAUUUCCCUGGCUCGCCGUCUGGCAGUAUCGAGACGCUUAUCUCGCGCGCCAUCCAGAGCCUGACCGCGUCGGGCGUCAGCGACGUCACCUUCGGCGCAGGCGCCAUGGAUGAAUUGGUCAUCGGUAGCAAUUUGAACGGCAUCAAGGCAAAGCUCCUCAGCCGCACGUACAAGGCCGUCGCGCAGCAGCUCCGGCUCAUCGCCAAGAGUGAGUUCAGGGAGAAGUUCGGCGUCAAGCACGACCCCGUGUACAUAUGCUACCCGUUCAUGGGGUUAGGGGUUUCCGGCGCCAGGACGCUAAUCAAGUUCUUCGAGGAUGAGAUGUAA